GCAUCCAGAGGAGGAGGAGGAGGAGGAGGGAGGUACUUCGGCUCGGAAGCAAAGCGCGUUACGUUAACAGUUAAACCUCCCUCUGCCGUCUGCCAGCGGUGAGAGAAUCCAACUUUCUGAACGGCUGCCACGACAUGAGAUGCUCCUGAAGGUACGGCAUCUUCAGCGUGCCAGAGAAAUGAACUGAGAAGGUAGGGGAGAGCACUUUGUUUCUUGAGGACAUCGAAGAUUUACGGUGAAACCAUGAGGUUGCAGAGGAGCCUGGGAUUUGUCGCCGUGCUGGGCGCGAUCACCUGUAUUUGUGCCUUUCAUGUGACUACAGCAAUUGACAUCCCCCUGGAAGUUUUGGGUCAUGUAAACAUUGAGCAGCUGCCCACCAUCACAGCGCAGUCGCCCAGCUCUCUCAUCGCCUUGCCUUUUGAUGAGAGCUUCCCCAUGACGUGUGAAGCCAAAGGGAACCCCGAGCCAGAAUUCAGAUGGACGAAGAAUGGCCAGGAAUUCGACCCCUUUCUAGACCCCCGGCUGAUGAAAGAGGAGAAUUCUGGGACCUUUGUGAUACCCAAUAAUGGGAACCUUACAGAGUACCAGGGAACCUAUCGCUGUUACGCCUCAAACAAAAUGGGCACCGCCAUAUCGAAGGAGAUUGAGUUCAUUGUGCCCCAUGUUCCAAAGUUUCCUAAAGAGACACUUGAGCCUGUUGUGGUGGAGGAAGGCCAAGCUUUUACUUUAAAAUGUGACCCACCUAAAGGAAUCCCUCCUCUGCAGAUCUACUGGAUGACUAUCAAUCUUCAGCACAUAGAACAGGAUGAGAGGGUGUCUAUGGGCCUGAACGGAGACCUUUACUUCUCUCAUGCGGAGGAGAAGGACAGCAGGAGAGACUACUGCUGCUUUGCCGCCUUCCCAAGAAUACGGACCAUCGUUCAGAAGACUGCUAUGUCUGUCAUCGUCAAGACGACUAAUGCAAUCCUUGAGAGAAGACCUGCUCUUCUGACUCCCUCUGGUGACAGAUCAGAGACACAGCUGGUCAAAGGAGAGGACUUGAAAUUGGAGUGUAUUGCUGAGGGAUUUCCAACUCCGCAGGUUGAGUGGGUGAAGAUGGGCCAUCAACUUCCCAUUAGAGCAAAGCUGGAGAAUCAUGGGAAAUUGCUGAUUGUGCCAGUAGUUGAACAGGAAGACAGCGGGAAGUACAUGUGCAAGGCAAAAAACACACUUGGAGAAGCUGUACAUUACUUCACAGUGACAGUAGAAGAGCCUCCAGAGUGGGUGUCUGAGCCUGAGAGUCAGCUCAGUAUGAUUGGCUCGGAUGUGCUCAUCAGGUGCUCUGCCAGCGGGACUCCUCAGCCGACUAUAACAUGGAGUGUGAACGGGAUACCUCUGCACGGGGCCCCUGCAGCCAACAGGAAGGUGUUAGGUGAUACCAUUGUUUUACAAAAGGCUAAAGCCAGUGACAGUGCAGUCUAUCAGUGCGAGGCUUCCAACAGACAUGGAACCCUUCUGUCCAAUGCAAACAUCAUGAUUAUGAAUCUGGCCCCCAUGAUUUUGACCAAGGAGGGGGAGGAUUACUCUGCUGUAGAAGGGAAGGGAGUGAUGAUGCACUGCAAGGUCUUCAGCUCUCCUCCUUCUACAAUCACUUGGAGCAAAGACGACUCCUCUAAAUCCAUAGAGGGACCGAGGUUUACCGUUCACGAUAAUGGCUCGCUGGAGAUCUACAGCGUAGAGAAAGACAACAUUGGGCAGUACACAUGUUUAGCGAAAAACACAGAGGGAUCGUCUGCCAUCGAAGCCAUGCUCUAUGUGAAUGAUCCCACAAGAAUAGUGGUGGCCCCGGAGGACCUGCAGGUCCUAAUAGGUACCACAGCCCAGCUCUCAUGCCUUGCAGAGUACGACAAGUCCUUCAGCAACGACUUUGAGCUCCUAUGGGAAAAAGAUGAUAUGGAGAUAGCCCUCAAUGACACUGAGAAUUCAAGAUACUUUGUGGAGGAUGGUAUUCUUCAGAUUAUCAAUGUAAGCCACAGGGACCAGGGUGUGUACACAUGUGUGGCAAGAACUCCAGUGGACCAACACACGGCCUCCGCGCUGCUCAUGGUGUUAGAUGUCCCUGAUGCACCUGAGUUCCUGGCACUGUCUGAUCACAAGAGCAGAAGUGUGAAUCUGAAAUGGGUCCCUGGGGAUGAGCACAACAGCUCAACCACAGAGUUUAUUAUCGAGUAUGAGGAAAGCCAGUGGGAGCCGGGAAACUGGAAGGAGCUGCUCCGAGUACCUGGGAACCACAACUCGGCCGUCCUGAAGCUCCAUGGUCACGUUGACUAUCGCUUCCGUGUGUCUGGUGUCAAUACUGUGGGGAGGGGUCCUCCCAGCGAGCCCACAGAGAGAUACAAAACCCCACCAGCAGCCCCUGACAAGAACCCUGAAAAUAUCAAAAUCGAAGGUCAUUUUCCACAUGAAAUGGAUAUCAACUGGGCGCCCUUGUUACCCAUUGAGCAUAAUGGCCCAGGUCUGGAGUAUAAAGUAAGUUACAGGAGACAGGAUGUGGAGGACAGCUGGAAGGAACACAUGGUGAAAAGACACUCAUUUGUGGUGAAGAACACUCCUACCUUCGUGCCCUAUGAGAUCAAGAUCCAAGCCAGGAACCAUCAGGGCUGGGCCCCCGAACCCAAGAUAGUCACUGGCUACUCAGGGGAGGACUUUCCCUCUGCUGCGCCUGAUGAUGUAGCUGUGGAGGUGCUGAACAGCACAGUGGUCAAGGUUAGCUGGAUGCGUGUACACAAGGACAAGUUACAUGGACAUCUGGGAGGCUACAGGAUAAACUGGUGGCGUCUGCGUAGUCUGACAGACUCAAAAAAAAGCCACGGAGAUAAACACACACUAACAUUCCCUGGUGACAGGAAUCACGCCGCGGUACCGGGACUUACGCCCUUCUCCGAGUACAGCCUCAUCGUCAUGACCUUUAACGGGCGGGGCAACGGCCCUGGCAGCCAUCCCGUCAACUUCAAAACCCCAGAGGGAGUCCCCGAAAAAAAUCCUGUUUUCAGGGUCACAGAUGUACAGAAGCACACUGUCUCUCAUUGGGCCCCGCCACUGGAGCCUAAUGGGAUUCUCACCGGGUACCUCCUCGAGUAUCAGCUCAUCAAUGACACAGAGGAAGUUGGGCCACUGCAGACGGUAGACAUCAGCAACCCCGAUACCACCAAGUGGGUCCUGCGUGACUUGGAGCCUGUGAGCAAAUACAAGUUCUACCUGCGCUCCUGCACCACGGUGGGCUGUGGGCCUGUUGUCAGCGAGGAGUGCACCACCACCCUGGAAACAAGCAAGUCUGCUUCCCCCUCACCUCCAAGCACUCGAAAGUCCCCAGUGACCAAACCCACUCGAUCCACCAUAGGUCUGGCCAGCAUCCACGGAGGAAUAUCCACCCAGGGCUGGUUUAUUGGCCUGAUGUGUGCCAUCGCUCUCCUCACACUCAUUGUGUUGAUAGCCUGCUUUGUCAACAGAAAUAAAGGAGGGAAGUAUUCCGUAAAAGAAAAAGAGGACCUUCAUCCAGACGUGGAGUCCCAGGGCAUGAAUGAUGACACAUUUUGUGAAUACAGUGACAACGAUGAGAAGCCACUGAAGGGCAGCCAGCACUCGCUGAGCAGAGAGAUCAAAGCGGGGGACAGCGGGGACAGCCUGGUGGACUACGGCGACGAGGACGUUCAGUUCAACGAGGACGGCUCCUUUAUCGGCGAGUACGCAGGGCGAAAAGAGAAGAGGGUGUCCACUGAGAUCAAAGCCACCGUUCAGACCCCGGCAUGAAGAGCAGAACCGCCAUCUAUCCUCUUCCGGACAACAUUUUCAUUAAACCUGCUGAGAGGAAGAAAUGAAAGAGGAAACAGACAUUAUCCAUACCGAGCACAAGUUUUGUGUCAAGUAUAAAUGCGUCAUUGCCAGCUGCACACAGCCACCCUCGAUUUAUAAAGCUCUGUUUUGUCAAGUUGCACCAGAAUGACCAUUACUGAAUACUGUGUAUAUAUACAAGUGUAUAUUGUUUGUCUGGAGUGUCUUUUUUUUAUAAUUAUCACAUAAAAAAAAUGUAGAGGGCUUGUAUUUUCUUUUUUUUUUGUAUCUCCAUUACUUCAGCUGCAGUACUGUUUGUACAAAUGUUAGGAAAAUGUUACUCUCCAUUGCACAUCAUUAUACAGUCUGCAGCUUUGCCUCUGAUGUCAUCUUGCAGCAGACCACAGAUAAGUGGGGGUUAUCAAGUUGAUAUUUUUCAAUUGGAGCAAACAUAACUGACCUUUUAUAUACGAAAUGGAUUCAUUAAAUAUGAUGUAAGAUGUGUAUAAAGGUUGCUUAUUAACUUAUUUUUUUCCAGUGGUUUUAUACCUGACAAAAUAACAAGGACAUUUACAUAUCAUUACAUAUCAUAAACAUUGAUUCUUGAGUCAUGAAUCUGUGGUGUUAGAAGAAAAUAUAAUUUAGUUAUUCUGUCUUGUUUAGCAUUUAGAUCCAUUGGACAGUAUAAAUUACAAACCUCAGUCUGUGCUUAAUAUAACUUCGAUUAAAACUACAAAUACAAUUGCAGUUGAAUCCAGUUCUGGUGAUGGAAUAGUGGAUGAGAUGCUUGCUUUUGGUGUGAGAGACCCAGGUUCAAGUCCCUACUGUGACACAUUUACCAAUGUGUCCCUGAGCAAGACACUUAACCCCACAUAAAAGCGUCAUAAGGUAAUGUUAAAAUGCUUUUGCCAAUAACUGGUGUUUCAAAAAGUUUCUCUGAAAACACAAGUUAGUUAUGCAGGUAGCUGCAUAGUCCUUAAAGGAAUAGUUCGACAUUUUGGGAAACACUCGCAUUUGCCAUCUUUCUGAGAGUUAGAUAAGAAAAUUGACACGACUCUCAUGUCUGUACAGUAAAUCUAAAGCUACGGGUAGGAGGUUAGAUAUUAACAGAAAGACUGAAAACAGGGAAACAACUAGUCUGGCUGUUUCCAAAGGUAACAAAAUCCUCUUACCGGCACCUCUAAAGCUCACUUAUUAACACAAUAUAUCUAAUUUGUUUAAUCUGUGAGUAUAAAGACAAUUCAGCCCAGAAAUGACCCUGGUUACUUGUGACUAGCUGUAGCCUACAUUUAACAGAGAGACGUGAGAGUGGUAUUGAUAUAAUAAACGCAUUUUCUAAAACGUUAAACUAUUCUUUUAUAACGGCACUCCCGUGAUUUAGUAUUAUACUUCCAUGAUGAUGGAGGAAUUUAGAAAAAACAAUGGUAAAACUCGAAGUAGCAGAGGCCAAGACCAUCCUGACUUUUAGUCCCACGUGGGGGUCAAGCUCCAAAAUGCUAAAACAAAACUUCCCUCGAUUGCAAGAUGUAAGUAUCAGUAUCUCUCAAAUUCCAUGUCCCCAGUUUGUACUGAGCUAACCCUGGUGACAUCACUUUCGCAUCAUCAGGGAUGUUUUUCCAGACUUGCCAAAUCUCCUGCAGAGCCACAAAACAUAAUACAUACAACUGUUAUGUAUGUAACUGUUUGAUUUCCAUGUGUGAUUUGGUGAAGUGUCCCUUUAAGAGGACAGUAUAUAGUUCCUAUAAUGUAUUAUAGACAUUCUUGUAAUCAGAUUACUGUAAUCUGGUUGCGUGACAUUUGACAUUUUCUUACCGUGUCACUGUUCUAUCAGUUCCAUCAGUCUUAACAAGCCUUACUCUGUUCAUUUUAAUAUACUGCCAGCCAAAACGCAAUCAUUAUAUUGUUCAGCACUAACAUUAGCACCAUAUUGCAAAAAUUGCAAUGUUUUGUAAAAUCCAGUCAUUGCAUGUUAAGAAUGUUAAUUGGUGUUUUUUGAUGUCAUUAAAUUGCUUUACUUUCUUA